AUGGCAGCUGCCAAGACAAUUGAGUGCCCUGAAGACCCUUUUAAUCCUCUUAUAACAUCUAUUGUUCAGAUCUCAUGUAUGCUUGUUAUUGCUCAUCUUUUUCACCUCUUCUUCAAGCCUUUAGGCCAGCCAGGACCCGUCUCGCAAAUCCUUGCAGGACUAGUUCUGAGUCCCACAUUAUUGUCGCGAAUCAACAAAAUUCGACAAUUCUUUCUGCAGGAUGCUUCUGCAUUGUACUAUCGAUUUUUUGCCUUUGUAAGUCGCAUCCUUUUUAUGUUCUUGAUUGGUCUUGGCUUGGAUAUUCCUUAUAUGAGACUGAAUUUGCGUGUGGCGAGCACCAUUUCCCUUGGUGCUUUUGUUAUGAGCAUAAUUUUUGGAGGUUCUAUAUCUUGGUUCCUUAUAGAUGGAGUAGGGGUUACUACCAACAGGACCUCAUUCGUUCUUGUUGUUAUGAUACUUCUGGCAAACACAGCCUCUCCUGUGGCGAUUCGUUUGAUCGACGAGUUAAAAUUCGACACUUCAGAUAUUGGAAGAUUGGCGAUGGCUUCUUCUGUGAUCAGUGAAAUGUCAUGUGUAUUGGUUUAUUCGACUUAUCUCGCGGUUUCUUCCUGGGUUAUGUUUCGAUAUGCAUUGUACUGCAUUCUUUUAACUGUGGGACUUGUUUAUCUCAACAAGCAAUUGGCAAUGUGGUUUGCGAAAUGGAAUAGGAACUCAAAAUAUGUAUCGAAUGCUCAGGUUGUAGCGAUUUUGGCGCUUCUGGUGGGAGUUUCUAUAGGUGCAGAAUCUUUUGGUUAUAACAGUACAAUGACAGGAUUUCUCAUGGGGAUGAUGUUUCCAAGGCAAGGCAAAACAACCAGGACUUUGUUUAAAAAACUCACUUACUCUGUUCAUAACUUCUUGCUUCCAAUUUACUUCGGCUACAUGGGGUUCAAUUUCGAUACACGCGAUCUAAAUACUGUUAAAAACAUCUCUGCUGUUAUUUUCUUGAUCUUGUUCAGCUUUGGGACCAAGAUUAUUGGCACAAUGGCUGCCUGCUAUCACCUCAAGAUUCCAAUGUUGAAAGGACUAGUUCUGGCUUUGAUUCUCAAUUUGAAAGGCAAUUUCGAACUUCUACUCAUCGAUGGAGAAAUCGAUUCUUUGACUUGGUGGAGUGGUAAAAUUCACCGUUUGCUUUUCCUGGUAGUGGUGGUUAAUACACUGAUCUCAGGGCCAGCAGUGGCUUAUAUAUUGAAAAGAAGGGAAAGAUAUUUUGCUCACACCAAUACUGCGGUGGAAUCACUUGAAGCAGAAAGUGAACUCAGAUUGCUUGCUUGUGCAUACGAGCCACGCCAUGCUUCUGGACACCUUGUACUUACUGCAGCCAUGGGGAAAUCCGUUAACCCUUACUUGAUGCACCUGGUGGAGCUCCCCAAGAAACGCCGCAAAACUCAGUUGAUGUACAACCAGCUUGAAGAUGGCGGGCAGUUCAGUGAUGAGGAAGAAUAUGGUGGCAACGAUGUGCUCGAGAUCAAUGAUGCUGUUGAUGCCUUUACCUUGCAGACCAAUAGGAAAGUCCAUCAAAUAAAAGUUGUUAAUUCUUUUGCAAACAUGUAUGAAGAUGUAUGCACCGGAGCUGAGGACUUGCGUGUGUCGAUAAUUUUCCUGCCAUUUCAUAAGCAUCAGCGCAUUGAUAAGAUCCUCGAGAAUAGCAAGGAAGGGUACAGGACUACUAAUCAGAAGAUUCUUCGCCAUGCUCCAUGCUCAGUCGGAUUGCUUGUGGAUCGAAGCCAAACUGGAUUUCAGCAACCAAUUGGCUCUGAAAGUGUGCAACAUGUAGCAAUGUUGUUUUUUGGUGGCUCUGAUGAUCGUGAGGCCUUGUCGUGUAGCAAAAGGAUUGCUAGAAACGCUCAUAUCAAUUUAACUGUCAUCAGAUUUCUGCCUUCAGAAUCACAAAGAGUACAGCUUGCUGAUGCAUCCUCAAGAGAUGGAAUGCUCAUGAUGUCCUUAGCAAGAAAUGAGACUGAAGUUGCUAAAGACGACACCUUCAUUGAGGACUUUCGACUCAGGUAUGUGACAACAGGUGAAGUUGGAUACAUAGAGAAGUAUGUUAGCAAUGGAGCAGAAACAGUGCAGACUCUAAGGGACAUUGGGGAGACAAUGGAGUAUUCAUUAUAUAUAGUUGGGAAGGGUGGCGGGAGAGGGCGGUCACCGAUGACAACAGGGAUGAGUGACUGGGAGGAGUGCCCGGAACUUGGGACGCUUGGAGAUCUAUUGGCAUCUUCAGAUUUUGACCUGAAAAGUUCAAUUUUGAUCAUUCAACGACAUAGGCAAUAUUCUAACAAAGACAUAGUAGUUGAUGGUUAG